AUGCGCGAGAUUUACGCCCUGUCCCCGCCGCUCCCCACGGUCCCGUCCCAUCAGGGCGAAGUUCAGACGGACACAAGGACAAAGGACUUCUUCGCCUACGUGAAAACGGAGUUUGAUGGCAAACACGACCAGGUGUGGGACGACGUCACCUCGGAGCUUGUGACCGAGCACGGCAUCGUUCAGGUGGGAAUGUUCGGCACCCUCCCGCUGGCGACGAUGCGCGAGUUGAUCGCAGAGAAGGGGGGCAAGGGGUCGUGGGCAGCCACGAUCGAGUGCCUUUCGAGGCAGGAGUUUGCCACACCGCCGCCGGCGGUUCCGGUGGGCAAGGGCGCGGACGUCCGCACCGUCCUCGUCAUCGACCGGGGCUUCGAGCAGGCGCUGGACCUGGAGUCACGCGCGCCCGUCCCCUCCUACAAGGGGCGCCGCCUUGCUGAGGACGAUGACAACAAGCGCCGCCUCUCGAUCUACCCUUCGGGCGCCCCGUACACCCCCAAUGACGACCGCAGUGAGGUCCUCUAUCCCAACAACCUCUACUGGGGCUGGUCGACCCUCGUCUCGACCGGCAACCGCGUCAGUCCAUGGUGCUCGGGCACCAUGAUCUCGCCGACCGUCCUCCUCACCGCCGCCCACUGCGUCGCCGCCGGCGGCUCGGCUGACUGGGCUGACGGCACCAACUGGCUCACCCAGCCGCAGAUUUGCGUGCGCGACGCGCAACGGACGACACCGACAGCGGCAGACCCGACCGAGGAGAACUGCGUGAGCAACGGAGGCAUCCUCGCGACGUGGCGCAAGAUGACCACCUUUGUCAAGUGGACGCGCGACUGGGACUCGGACUGGGACGUCGCCUGGAUCACCCUCACGGCCCCCGUCGGCUAUACCAGCGGCUGGAAGGGCAUCCGCACAGACUCAGUCCCAUACCCGGCAGGCACCAUCCUCAACGUGGCGGGGUACGGCGGCGACUGCCCAGCGGGCGGCGACUGCUCCGACCACAUAAAGACGAUGGGCUGCCCAAUCGAGUCGUCCUGCACAAACAACGAGCGCUACUACUACAAAUGCGACACCAUCGGCGGUGGCUUCAACAGCGCCACGUGUGGCCCGUUCAACCGUGCUGUCCGCAUCCGCCCCAACAUGCUCGCCGCGAUGUGCUCGACGACCGACGACAUGCUCUGCUUCUGA